ACAUUAGACGAAGCCUUAAAAACUUUACCGACAGGUCGACCGUUAAAGCACUUAGCUUCGCCCUUACUAUUCUUUCACUUAGUUAGACAACUUAAAGUUAUAAAGCAUGCUAUACUAAUACACUGCUUUAGGGUCGAAUCGGUUGCUAAUUAUAGCUAUCGAAUAGCUAUUAUAUGCAUGUUCCCUCUAGCAACCCUUGCUCUAUACCUUAACAUAGUUAAAUGCCUAAAAAUAAGCCUGUUCUACGACCUAGCAGAGUCGGUAGUUAGCGACAUAACACCUGCGGAUAAUGUUGCAAAAGAUAAGAAGUAUUAA